GAACCCCUUGCGCUGCCGUCUGACUUCGCAGCAGUCGAACGCGACAGUAUGGGCAUCGAAGGUCUAGCCGUCUUCGAACGUCGUGUGCGGACAGGACAUGCCUACGAUCUCCUCGAUGCAGUCAAGCUGUCGAUCAACCACCAGGGAGCUUUCCUCGAGGAUAAGCGCAAGCACGCACGAGGUCAGAAGGACAAUACCCGCUCGCAAAAGAAGGUGACGGCUGCCACAACACGCACGCGCAUGCUUGCGGGACUUUACAACUACAACCGAGACCGCCUCCUCAUCCUCUGCAAUCCUGACGCGUCCGAGAUCCCACCAGCCAUUGAUCUCAAGCAAGACCUCAAGAGCAAGAACUGGCGCAAGCCUCGACAGCUGGGCGAUAGCCACGAAGAGCCUGCCUGGAUUUGGACUGCGGUUCCUCCGUGGACCACGAAGGCAGAGGCGGAGGCUUGGGAACUUGAAGUUGAACGUGUCCAGUGGUUCCGCGCCCGGGCAGAAAAAGCUCGAGUCAACGAGGAGAUCAACAAGUUACACGCCGAAUUCAAGCGGACGACUCUCGGAUUCCGCAACAUGUCAGCGGCGUGGGAAGCAGUGUCUCUCAAAGACGGGAUGUCUCCGGGUGCACGCGCAUAUGCGAAGCGAAAGACCGCGAUGUUCAAGCAGAUGAGUACCAACUCUGCUGCCGCGUUCGCUGCGACUCGGAGAGAUCCUGGGGAGAAGUGGGACUACAGCUUUGUG